UCUUACUUGGUAAGGGUUUUUUAUAGUUGCUUAUUUUGGACAAACCCAAAGUGUUCUUAAAAUUGUGUUCGGAUCUGGUCCAACUUUCAGUUCCUAAUAUUGAUCACAUACUGGACUGUAUGUGAGAUGUCUGGGAGCGACAUUGUUCCAGUUUCUACAGUGAUACAUCAGCUGAAAUGUGAUCUUUCAGACUCAUCCACUCCUUCUCCUAAAAUAACCUCCUUCCCACCGCCAACCAAGACGGACGCACACACAAACAGACCCACACAUGUUUAAAAAAAGGGAGGCACUGCACCAAAUUAGCACUUGUGCCGUUAAAGUCGAACACUGCGAAUGGGGGACACUGACAAUAAGCUGCUCAACUGCCCUCAGAGACAUUCCAGAUUAACACCACCUACUCUGCCCCGUCUUUCUGCAAGACUCUGUUACUUAGACAGGAUUAAGAUCCCACUUUUGAAGUGAAGAUGAUGAUGGUGAAAGACGACUGCUUGGUGGAGUGUAAAAUUGACGACAGUGAUGAAGAACAGAUAAACACUCCUCCUCCUCCUCCAGAAUUUGCCUCCAAAGCUCCGACACCCAAACCCCCAACUCCUCCCCCAGAACAUGCUCCUCCCACUCCCACCUGCCCAGUCAACAGAGACCCAAAAGGCAUCAACAGACACCUAAAGGUGGAUGUCAGUGAUGUCCUAUCAGAGCCCACAGCUCCUCACAGCGUGGCUGGAGUGUGGACCGUCAGUGUCUGGGGCUUUGAGAGGACUCGAGUGUGGACGUACCGCUGCCUGACUUUGCUGCUCGCCGUCCCCAUGGCUUUUGUGUAUGGGGUUUCCGUGGCUGUUCUCGCCUCCCUGCGGGUCUGGUUUCUGGUUCCUUGCAUUCAGCUGAGCAGCAUCUUCCUUCCCUGCCUGCGGUCUUUGUGUUUGUGUGCGGUAGACGUCGUUGUGUCUCCUUUUUGUGUGUCCCUCGCACUCUGCUGCAGUCAGAUCUUUGUAACUCUGACGAGAAAAGACAAACUUGAGAGCAAGGACUCGGUAUGACUGAUUAUUGUCCAUGUGGGAGUUAUUCUCAAUA